AUGACGAAGCCGACUGGAGUGCUCAUGGUCGGCAGCGUCCCCGGAGCCUCGCCACAGGAGGUCUUCACGCGCCUAGCUACCGCGCUUCCCGGCCGCCUGGAAGCUAUACCGGAUGGCGAGACCGGUGAAAGAUGGAAUUACAUUGGAUGGCAGCUGCAACGCUUUCCUCGCGUAGCCCGGCGAAACGAACUCGGAGGGAUCCCGCUGUCUGAAUCUGGAUCUGGACUACCGACCUUCACGCUUGCGGACAUCGAGCCAACGGCUUACGACGAGGUGGCAUUGUCGUCUUACACCGAGUUCAAACGACUUCGUCAAGAACAUAUCAUUCCGGAGAAUGUUCGUUUCCAGAUCGGCUUGCCCUCGCCAUACAGUGUCGUGGUCGGGCAUGUGAAAACGGAGCUGGCCAAUGCGAUCGAGCCGCUGUACGAACAACGUCUCGCGGAAUCGAUCGACCAUAUCUUCACGGCCAUUCCUCACGAUGAUCUGGUGAUUCAAUGGGACCUAUGCUUCGAGAUGACAGCGCUCGAGUUCGAUCAAGGACGGCCUCUCGACAAGCGGCACCAAGCCUAUUUCCCAUCACCCAGCGGUCUGCUCCAGGGCCUCGUGGACCGCGUCGUACGGCUCUGUGACCGGAUUCCCGAAGACGUCAAACUCGCCUUCCACCUCUGCUACGGCGAUCUCAACCACCAGCACUUCAUCGAACCCCACGACGCAUUGCUGCUGGUGAAGCUCGCCAACGCCCUGCUCGCCCGCGAAACCCUCGGCCCGCGGACCGAAUGGAUUCACCUGCCCGUGCCAAAAGAGCGGACGGAUCCGGGGUACUUCGCACCCCUGGCCGGCCUCAAGCUGGAUAGUUCCGCCUCGAAACCACCUCGUAUAUAUCUUGGGGUGGUGCAUGCCAACGACGAAGCCGGGACGAAGAAACGUAUCGACACUGCACAGGCUAGUGUCCCGUUUCCCUUCGGCGUGGCUACAGAAUGCGGUUUGGGCCGGACUCCGCCUGAGGAGAUCGACAGUAUCUUACGGAUCUGUAAGAAGGUCACUGCAGAGCCCGUGCGAGAAAAUCUAUGA